UAAACACAACUUGCUGUCCCGUAGCAGACCAUAGUACGUGCCUUCCCGGUGAAUAUGGACUGAAGAAGCGUGGGUAGGAAAAUGGCGAAGAGCGUUUUUCGUUUGUUGUCGCUCUCGUUCUUGUGGAAUGGGGUGCUGGGUUGCGUCUACGAUGACGGUGGUCUCAGUCACAGGGACGGCUUUUGAAGCCAAUCCGGACGCGAAGCGGCUGUACGACGACCUGCUGAGCAACUACAACCGCCUCAUCCGGCCCGUCACCAACAACUCCGAGACGCUCACCGUCCACCUCGGGCUCAAGCUGUCGCAGCUCAUCGAAGUGAAUCUGAAGAAUCAAGUAAUGACAACAAAUGUCUGGGUGGAGCAGAAAUGGGUUGAUUACAAACUGCGGUGGAAUCCGGAAGAAUAUGGCGGAGUCGAGAUGCUGUAUGUGCCAUCCGAACACAUAUGGCUGCCCGAUAUCGUGCUCUAUAAUAACGCCGACGGCAACUACGAGGUGACCCUGAUGACGAAGGCGACACUGAGGUCGACGGGAGAGGUGUUCUGGAAGCCGCCCGCCAUCUACAAGUCCUCCUGCGAGAUCAAUGUCGAGUACUUCCCUUUCGACGAGCAGAGCUGCACGAUGAAGUUUGGUUCCUGGACGUACAAUGGAUUUCAGGUGGACUUGAAGCACAUGGACCAAGUAUCGGGCAGCAACCUGGUGAGCGUGGGCAUCGACCUGAGUGAGUUCUACCUGUCCGUCGAGUGGGACAUCCUGGCCGUGCCCGCCACGCGCAACGAGGAGUACUACCCCUGCUGUGUGGAGCCCUACUCUGAUAUCACGUUCAACAUCACGAUGCGCCGCAAGACGCUGUUCUACACGGUGAACCUGAUCAUCCCGUGCGUCGGCAUCACCUUCCUGACGGUGCUCGUCUUCUACCUGCCGUCCGACUCGGGCGAGAAGGUGACGCUGUGCAUCUCGAUCCUGCUGUCGCUGACCGUGUUCUUCCUGCUGCUGGCCGAGAUCAUCCCGCCCACGUCUCUGGCGGUGCCGCUGCUGGGGAAGUACCUGCUCUUCACCAUGAUACUCGUCACCCUCUCCAUCUCCGUCACCGUCUUCGUCCUCAACGUGCACUUCAGGUCGCCGUCGACGCACCGCAUGUCGCCGUGGGUGAAGCGCGUCUUCCUGCACUUCAUGCCGCGACUGCUGAUGAUGCGGCGGCCGCCCUACUCCUCGAGGGACUGCAUCGAUGACAACAACUUCAUCGACAACGGCUACACGAACGACAUGGACUUCAGCGAAUGCUCCGUGUGCAGGGACAGCAUCAGCGACCCCUACCCUCCAGAUGUGAAGGGCAGCCCGGGUUUCGAGAGCGUUGCCACUGCCUACAAGUCAGCCCUCAACAACCACGACGACUCCUGCCGCCAGAACCAGCCGCACUCCUCAGACUGCCUUUCAAGUAAUGCUGUGGGAGUUGCAACAGGACUUUCAGACUGCCAAGACGAUGGCUGUUUCUCUCGCAUUUGCCAGUCUGCAUCGGCUGCUACUGUGACGGAUUCGGACAACACGCUGCCUCGCAACCUCUCACCGGACAUCCUCUCCGCCCUGGAGGGUGUGCGGUUCAUCGCCCAGCACAUCAAAGACGCCGACAAGGACAAUGAGGUGAUCGAAGACUGGAAGUACGUGUCGAUGGUGCUGGACCGGUUCUUCCUGUGGAUCUUCACGCUGGCGUGCAUCGCGGGCACCUGCGGCAUAAUAUUCCAGGCGCCGUCGCUCUACGAUAAGAGGAUCCCCAUCGACCAGCAGAAGUCUGCCAUCUCCCUGAGGCCCAGCUACUACAACAUCCCGUUCGACCUCCUCCACCAGAAGCCGAUAUACUGAGACACGUGUCACAGCUACAGCACACUGACCUGAUUUUUAAAUUCUUGAGCUCUCGUAAAUGGAUGGCCUAAGAUUUGUUCUGUCUGGUAAAUGGAUUUGGUGAGCAGUUGGGUGACAUGAGCAGUAAAUUUAAGCUGAGCUAGGUUGUCAGCUGGGAGUGUAGUCUCCAAAGAGUGCCUGAGAGCUUUCCUUUGACUAACAGCGGUGACCAGAGAAUCUGUACUUUUUGUUUAGAUCUGCGUGAAGCCGAAAUGCAAUGGACCAUCCGAUGGUAAAGGAAACUUUUGAGGGAUAACUGAAUUACUGGGCGUCUUUUUUGUAUUGAAAAACAGUUAUAUUAAUGGUGCCUAUAAGAACGUACUUAAUGGGGAAACAUCUGAAUACCCCAUGUACCUAAGAGCAUUUCUUAGGAACCUGUUAGUCUGAUGCAGGAUAAAAUCUGUAUUGGAAACCUGCAAUGCAGUUUCUAAACCUGCCAGCUUACCGUUUCCAAUAAGCUACAUUGGCGACAAUCACUUAGUAUCCAUUGUUAUACAUUAAACAUUAUGACAACAUAGACAUAAUAAGGAAAGUGUAGUGAACGGAAGACAAUGCUUACUUUUCAUAUAAGAAAGUCACAGAUUAAUAAGCGAUAGUUAUAGCAUGUUGUUCAUUGUUUGCAUUAAAAUUACGCUGAUCGUAGUGAUAGCUGACACUGAACCAAUGUUUAAAAGCUUAGUACUAUAAAAAGCACAGCAUCGCAGAAAGUGAAUACUAAAUUCGAACUUGGCAGUAUAAACGAUCACAUAAAACUUAGUUCUGAACUAUUACUUUCACUACGAUGGAAAACACUUGUAAUAAACAUUCACAGCAAGAAGUCUCGGCCAAAGGACAAAAUUAGUUUACUUCGCUCAGUUUUGCGAUGGUUCACUCUUGAAAAGUGUCUUAUUGUUCAACGAGUUUUAGGUAACAAUGGGGAAGUGAAAAUUACAAAUAGGGUUCUAGUGGAGAGAUUUUUGUCUCCCAGAAACUGUUCAGACAACCCAAAAUUAUCGAAAUAAGCAGCCGAAUUUUGGGGGAGAAGGAGGCAGUCUUUAUAGAAGAACUUUCAUAGGAACGUGUCAGAUACAAUUCAUGCUUGCUUGUCUAGAAGAGAUAGACUAAUGCUCAAAUGAAAGGGUGCAGGACGGUUACUUGUUGCCGAUCACCGCAAGGAGAUCGACUCAUCUCGUAGGAAACAAGAAUAUACCACCUUGGGGGAAGUGUAACAGGAAUUUUAUCUGAUGAAUGAAACUUUCACUAUCUAGUAUGGUGUACACAGUUAGUGGUCCUUUCUUACAAACUGAAACUACAUAGCAUACGAGUGGUGGAGCUCUGAGCUUCACUGUCUGGAAUCAACGCUACACUAAACGAUCCGACGAAGUACACUCAGCAGUCCUGCUCAGCUUCACUGUACCAGUCACAAGAGACGAUUGGAAGAUUGGUUCCAUUUGUCUGGGAGAUAGCUCAUCGAUAUUUCAGGAAGACUGUUUCAGUACGACAAAACAUUACGUUCACUGUAUUCGAAUACCUUUAAUAAUCACUAUUAUUUCUGGGAAACAAACACCGAUUACUGAUAGUAACGUAUACCUAUCUGACUUAUCGUUUUCCAUACUGUACUUGUACUACCGACAAAUCUCAAUAUACUACAUAAUAAACGUUCAGGCACUGAGGCAAUGAACCGAAUUGGCAUGUACUUGCAAAUUCGCUCCAUACUCCAUUUCCUAAUGAAAAUCUCUGACACAGAACCCUUUUUAAAUGAGCAAAUAUAUUAGAUAACGCUUCAAAUAUCUUGUAAAGCUCGGUAGUAUUUAAAUAAAAUGUCGCUGCUAGAAUUAAUCACACAACAUUUGGAUUUUUCGUCGUUGAUGGCGGCUAUUAUAUUUGCGAAUUUAUAGAAAAGUAUUCUUUCCGGUCUAUCUUCGCAUGUAAAUGCAUCCAUUUAAAAUAUUAUGGUUAACUUUAAUCCAUUUAUAAUGAUUCGUUUGAUCUUAAGUUCUGUGAACCAGCAUAGCCGAUUUGUAAUGUUCGUUCUAAUUACGUAGUAAACCAGUUUCGCCAAUUUAAAUUGCAAGGGAUCCCAGAUGAGUACUAGAUGAUCUAAAAUGUGAAUGGAAUAUGAAAACCACCAUUUCAGGCCUAUGGCUCAUAUGUGAUGUAUACUUGUAGAAAAAAAUUAUUAAACGAAAAUGGUAUUACAUUUGUGAUGUUACAAUAAUUUAAAAGCAGAGAAUGAAACAGGCUGCAAUAUCAAAUGUUUAAAAAAUGAUAUUCCUGGAAAAGAAAAAAAGCUAGCGAGAUUAAUGAUGUGCAAACGGCCAGUAAAUGUGGUGCUAUCUAUAGGUAAGACUACGUGACUAAAAUAAUGUUUACAUUACUUGUAUGUUGAAAAUACUUGUUAUUUAAAAUUUUAAUCUCACGGAAGAAUUGUACAUAGGCAUCUCUUAUAAGAUAUUUUCUGUUAACCACUUAAGUUGUGGAUUAUUUUAAAAUCCGAGGUUGUAUUUCUUGUCAGUUCUAGUGCAAAUUAUCUAUAGCACACUACUGAGGAGGAAGGCAGAGUGGCUUUUCACAAAGACUUCACAUAUUUUGAUUUUCUGAAAUUAACGCUAAGUAACAUGUCUGUAUUGAAGUGCCACAAACAUUUUGAACAAUGGUGACAAUCUUCAGAACCAGUAUAAAAAAAUGUAAGAGGCGCUUUGCUGUGAGUACGAAAAAUCUUUGUUUUUAUGACGCAAAAUCCAUACAAUGAAACAUGUUCAUUUGCAGCGUAGAAUGACACUGGGUAAAGAAAGAUAAUAUUGCUUCUUCCAUCAAAUUAAUUCUGCCAAAUGCGUGACACAAUAUAAAACUUAGGACAAUCAAUAAUUAAUUAUAUUUCUUAAAAGUGAGUUGUCACUUCAGAUUGCUAAUAAUGAAAUGCUCUCAGAAAGCUUAUACAUACAACACAAGGGUCCCUAUUAAGUGCCCGUUUGUUAGGGACCAGAAAUUUUUAUUAUAAUUAAAAUUCAUUACUGUAGAAUGUUAGUACAGACUACUGAAGUAAUGUAGUUGCUAUAUGAAGAAAUGCAACUCAAAGAAGCAAUGUACAAAUGUGGAGUAUCUGUUCAUAGAAUAUUGUUAUUGUUAUAAGAAUGAUGUCCCCUGCGUCUACCAAUUUCUUUCAUUUAGAUUCGUAUUUGUAAGUUGUGCCUUCAGUUCCU